AUGAUUGCAAGUCAUGUUGGGUUUGAUUAUUCUAUUGGGUGGGGUUUGUCAGUAGUUGUGAUUUAUGUGGAGGAAUGUAUUGUGGGGGAAGGUGAUGUGGGUCAGGGAGAAGAUAAUGUGGGAGAUGGUGAUGCAUCUGAUGUAUUUGAUGACUCUGACUAUAUACUUAGAGGUGGAUCCAUUACAUCACACGAUAGUGAUAAGAUCAGUGAUUACCCUAGUUGGCUUUAUGAAGACCUAGAGGGUGAUGAUGAUGACAUUUUCUAUGGUGGCAAACAAGGUAUUACAAAUGAUGUGGGGGCAAAAGGGCAUCAAAAGGAUAUAGGAACAGGUGGGAGACAUGAUGUUGGGCCAAAAGGGGAGAAAAAUUGGCACUAA